CGGGGGCAUAAAAAUGCAUGUAAGAAUCGAAAAAGUAAAAUAUAUAUACUUGAAAUUCAAAGUUAAAUGUAUUAGGGCAGUUAUAAAAUACCUCUUGUCAAGUUUCGUUUGAUAGACCAAUGAACAGUUUAGUGAUCUUGAUUUACAUAUUUAUUUUAAAAAAAGGGAAAAGAAAAGACACGAAUGUAAUGCUUUCUAACAUCACACUGGUAACGUAUUGUAUCAUUUUAGUGACAUGAAGGAAGCAAACUGGAAGAAUUCAGACAAGUACUUCCAUGCACGUGGUAACUAUGACGCCGCCAAAAGAGGACCCGGCGGUCGCUGGGCAGCAAAGGUCAUCAGGGAAAAUUACCAAAGCGGAUUGAGUGGUCAAGGAGCAGAGGACACGGCUGCCGACCAAGCGGCCAACGAAUGGGGCCGAAAAGGUGGAGACCCGAACAAAUACCGACCCAAAGGACUGCCAGACAAAUAUAGAUAAACCUCAAGAGAAUCAUCUCAAUUCCAAACACCGAAUUUUGCUGAAUGUUCUGCUAUAACUUGUUUAUUACUGGAAUAAAUAAGUUUUUAUAAUCGUUAAA